GGUGCAAUCACCACCACACGAUCUCAUCUCAGGCCCCCAUUUCCUCUCCUCGAUCAAACAACAUGACGCGUCUUUGCCAACCUGGCUCACAUUCUCUCUCCUAAAAUAAUAGCUAAAUCCUCAAAACCAAAUCCUUCAUUUCAUCCUCUGUACAGCGCCCGCCCCUCCACCACAACACAGAGUAGAGCCAUGCCUCCAAAUCUCCGGCCUCUCUUCUUUACCAUUUUAUUAUUUCUCACCAAUUUGUCAAAUGCGCUGCCGUUUGACCGCCUCCCGUCUUUUAGAGAAGCUCCGGCGUUUCGAAACGGCCGGGAAUGUCCUAAAACCACAUGGUCCUCCAUCGUCAACGGACACUCGGAUCAUGAUCCUUCUUCGAUUAUCCACAUUGCCAUGACUCUUGACUCCAGUUACCUUCGUGGCUCCGUUGCCGGCGUAUUAUCCGUUCUACAACACGCUUCUUGCCCGGAGAACAUCGUUUUCCACUUCAUCGCCACUCACCGUCGCGCCGAGCUCCGCCGUACAAUCACCAUUACUUUCCCUUAUCUCAGCUUUCAUCUCUAUCACUUCGACUCCAAUUUAGUGAAAGGAAAGAUUUCUUCCUCCGUACGAAGAGCUCUGGAUCAACCAUUGAACUACGCAAGAUUUUAUCUCGCCGAUCUCUUACCCGCUAGUGUACGGAGGAUUAUCUACCUCGAUUCUGAUCUUAUUGUGGUUGAUGACGUGGCUAAACUGUGGAAUAUCAAUUUACGUGCACACGUUCUCGGUGCACCCGAGUAUUGUCACGCUAACUUCACAAAUUACUUCAAUUCGAGAUUCUGGUCGAACCAGGUCUAUGCGGCGUCGUUUAAAGGAAGAAAGCCUUGCUAUUUUAACACAGGAGUAAUGGUGAUAGACCUGUUGAAAUGGAGAGAAGGGAGAUAUAGAGAGAAAUUAGAGUACUGGAUGAGAAUACAAAAGAAGUAUAGAAUUUAUGAAUUGGGUUCUUUGCCUCCGUUUUUGCUUGUUUUUGCUGGUAAUGUUGAAGGAGUGGAGCAUAGAUGGAACCAACAUGGACUCGGUGGCGAUAAUCUUCAAGGAUUGUGUAGAGAUUUGCAUCCCGGUCCGGCUAGUUUGCUUCAUUGGAGUGGAAAGGGUAAGCCUUGGCUUCGAAUUGAUUCUAAACGGCCGUGUCCAUUGGAUUCACUAUGGGUUCCUUAUGAUCUGUACCGCCAUCCUUUACUGUUCUCUGACAGCUGAAGAAGAAGAAGCUUGAAAAUGGGUGUGUAUUUUCUUGAUUUAAUGACAAAUAGGCAGGUGGCAAGAUUGGGCCAAUUGAGUCCGUCUCGGCAGUCGACGGGGAGGAUUGCGGAAUUAACGGCGGUGAUGACAAGUAAAAAAAAGAGUGGAUUUACUAAAAACAGGGUGGAGGAAAAGGACAUAAGGGAGCAGGUUAAAGGUACGUAAUGAUAUGAUUGGUUGCGUGGUAAAAAUUCUUCACACGCACAAAAAAGAAAAAGAAAAAGAAAAAUAAGGUCGUAAUUGGAUGGAUAAUGGAAAUCGGUUUCAAUUAGGUUUCCUUUUUCAUAUAAAGAGUGGAAAGUGAAAAAGAAAAAAAAAUAUUACAAAUAAGUUUUUUGUUUCCACUUAACUACAUUGCUUGAUUGAUUAAUGUUGUUCUUGUUCUUUGUGAGUUUGAUUAAUUAUAGAUGUUAAGGUUUGUUAUUAUUAUGGCUUAGAAUCCUAAGUUGUUUGAUUUAGACAAAUUGUUGGAAUUUAGUUCUGUUUCGCCUUUUUGGUGAUGUGUAUAAUCUUGUAAAUGUCUAUGGUGGUUGAACCAAUGUUUCCCAAAUCUUUUGGCUCAUACCUUUAACUUUCUUUAUGGAAAUUGAUUUAAUAUAUUGUACCAA